AUGUCGCCCUGUCGUAGCAGGAUUUGCCAGCCACAACACAACUUGCAUCAACUGCAGCAGCUCAACGACGACCAUGGCGAGCACGACAACGACCGAAGCCAAGGCGGCGAUUCUCAACUGGGCCGACCAAAGGACGGGCAGUUCAAGCGCCAAGUCUCUUCGUUCCGCGACUUUAUCGGCUCGGAACGCUUCCCGGCCGAGAAGGGCCGGUACCAUCUCUACAUCUCGUGGGCCUGUCCGUGGGCGCAUCGCACAGCCAUCGUGCGCAAGCUCAAGGGCCUCGAGUCGGUCAUCGGGCUCUCGGUCGUAAGCUACCUCAUGGGCAAGGACGGCUGGCACUUUCCGACUCCCGACGAAGAGGCCGGCACGAUCCCCGAUACGGUCAACGGUGCCAAGCUCGUGCGCGAAAUCUACUUCAAGGCCGAGCCCAACUACAACGCACGCUUCACGGUGCCGAUCCUUUGGGACACCAAGCACGAAACGAUCGUCAACAACGAGUCGAGCGAGAUCAUUCGCAUGCUCAGCUCCGAGUUCAACGCGUUCUCGUCGCGGCCGUCGCUAGAUCUGUACCCUCUUGCGCUGCGCCCCGAGAUUGACGAGCUCAACGCGUGGGUCUACGAUGGCAUCAACAACGGCGUGUACAAGUCGGGCUUUGCAUCGACGCAGGAGGCGUACGAGUCGAACGUCUACGCACUCUUUGCCGCCCUUGACCGCGCCGAGGCACACUUGGAGAAGAAGGCGUGGCUUGUCGGCAAUACCCUCACCGAGGCGGACAUUCGACUCUUUACGACCAUUCUGCGCUUUGACCCGGUGUACCACGGCCACUUCAAGUGCAAUCUCAAGACGAUUUCGCACGACUACCCCAACCUGCUCCAGCACGCGCGGCGCGUCUUCCAGCUCGAGGGCAUCGCCGAGACUGUCAACAUGACGCACAUCAAGCGCCACUAUUACAUGAGCCACCUCCAAAUCAACCCGUUCGCGGUCGUGUCGGCGUGGAACGGACCGGACCUCUCGACGCCGGUUGUCGAAAGCCACGUGCUGUAACGUAGUAGGUCGUGAUUGCAUUUGGCCUGAAUCAAAUCGCAGAAUUCAAAACUCCA